AGUAUUUUAUUUAAAGGUGUAAAUGUACAAACCACCAGAUGUGAUAAAACCAAAAUGGAGCAACGUUAGGGUCAGAGACUGAUGCUUUUUAUUGUAUGUUCUUUUAUACCUUACUAUUUUAAAACAAUUUUUCUCACAUUCAUGAAGAAAUACAGUAUUUCAUCAAAAUAUCCUUAUCCAUAUAGUAGUCCCAAAAUGUUACCUCUUUGGUGUACCAUGUACAUCUGCCUAUAGGGAAAACCUGAACUGGAAAGAAACACUCCCAUCCACUGGCAGUUUACAUUAUUUAUUGAAAAUUAAUCAUUAAUAAAAGCAACGAUGUUAUUAACCAUUUCUACUCUCAUCCCAGGUAUGUUCAAUUGACUUAAUGGAAGAAGAACUCCCCUACAAAAGAACAAUAGCUUCUGGACAUACAAAGUUAGGACCAGGUCUUCACUCCAGUGCCCCAUCAGAGAUGUAGAGACUCAGACAUUUGCCUGGAGCCUUGACAUAAGUUUCGUUUUCUUUCCAACUCUGACAAUCAGCGAAAUGUGGUGCUUGUGUCUAAUAAAACUAUACAGGGUUGAGUCAAGGUUUUGAUUCCCAGCUCCUAUAAGACCUUCAACAAAGUAGUUUCUUUGCUUUAGUUUUCUUGUCUGUAAUAUAAAAGUAGUUUGUACCAUAUGGGAUUGUUGUGACAAUUAAACGUAUGAUAUUUAGUAUGCUGUUUAGCACAGAGCAAACGCCAAAGAAAUUUUGUGUUUAGUGAUCCCUUGUUUGUUAUACAGGGAAUUUUGAAAAUGCAGGAACCAUGUGUGAUUUAUCCUGAUGCUCUUAAUAUAUAUCACAUUGAGAGAUUAUAAAAUAGUCAGUAAAUGAACCUGGAAUAAACUAAAGAGUGGGUGGGUGCUCCAGUGGAUAGAUAGAAAGAUAAUGACAAGGGAAAGAAAUGAAGGAAAAAACUCUUUUGGAAACUAGGGGCAUGCGUGCAAGAAGUUUCCUAAAAGCUAUCUCAGAGUAGAUUUCAGAAUUAUUUGAUACUAACACUUGCUCUUUGCAGGUGUUAUAGAUCAUGUGCUAUGGCCACUAGAAACAGGACAGAAGUAACUGAAUUUUUCUUAUUGGGCCUGUCAAGCUGGGAAGAGAUGCAGCCAGUUAUUUUUGGGAUUGUCCUUGCCAUGUACCUGGUGGCGCUUAUGGGCAAUGCCCUAUUAGUAAUUGUUGCCCUCUCAGACCCCAAGCUUCAGACUCCAAUGUAUUUCCUGCUCAGUCAGCUUUCCUUUAUUGACAUGUUUCUGACAACCAUCACUGUUCCCCAGAUGCUGGUGCACACACUGUCUGUGAAUAGAAUCAUCUCCUUUAAUUGCUGCAUGAUCCAGCUCUUCUGUUUUAUGGCUGUGGGCAGCAUGGAAGGCCACUUGCUGGCUGCCAUGGCCUAUGACCGCUAUGUUGCUAUCUGUGACCCAUUAAGAUACUCUGCCAUCAUCAGCCGUGGCCUCUGCCUGCGUAUAACCUUGACCUCGUGGGUGGUUGUCAGCCUCAACAGCCUGCUUUAUAGUGUGUUGGUCACCCGCUUAACCUUUUGUGGCAACCAGGUCACCCAUUUCUUCUGUGACAUCACACCCUUGUUAAAACUCUCCUGCACCCGACCAGUGGUCAAUGAAAUGCUAAUAUUUACUGAGGGCGUAGCUGUGGUGGUCAGCCCCUUCUUCUUCAUUUUAGGUUCCUAUGCCCGCAUUGCUGUUGCCAUAGCUCGCACGCAUUCAGUUGCUGCCCUGCGCAAAGCCCUGUCCACAUGUAGCUCCCACAUUCUGGUUGUGCUGCUCCUGUAUGGCUCUGUGAUCCACAUGUAUCUCCGGCCAUCCUCCAGCUAUGACUUGGACCAGGAUCGCCAAGUCGCCAUGUUUUACACAGUAGUUACUCCUAUGCUAAACCCACUGAUCUACAGCCUGAGGAACCAGGAGGUUAAGGGAGCUCUGCGAAGGCUUUUCAGGAAACUCUGCAUCUCAAGAAACUUCCAACCUGGUCCCAGGUAAAUGGGGGAUGGCAGAACAUCUCCUGAGCACAGAGUUAAGAUUUAACUUGAAAAUACCUCAAAUAUAUGGAUUACAUUCCUAAUAACUGGUAUGGUUCACAUUCCUGUGGAAUAAUCUUCCUUGUUGGCUCCCUCUUGUUUGGAUCUGGUAGAAAGAAGUGAGUUCAUGAAUAAAUAGUUCUGGUCCCCAUUGACUGACCUAGAAUCUCAUCAUAUUGGAACUGAACAGAUGUUUUUAGAUCUCAACAGCUGAAUCUCUCAUCUUUCAGAUCUAAUAUACGGCAUAGGGGAUUACUAAACCAGAUUAUUACACAUAGGCUUGCAGAAUUUUGAUCAUUUUAGUGAUGUUGUGGCAUGUACUGUUUUCCAGAGAAAAGUUGAAGUGAGUUACAAUACCAUUAUACAGGAGAGUGUUUUUGUAUCUAUCUAUCUAUCUAUCUAUCUAUCUAUCAUCUAUCUAUAAUUCCAGUAUAAUUAAUUUACAGUGUUGUAUUUGUUUUAGGUGCACAAUAUAGUGAUUCAACAGUUUUACACAUUACUC